CUAAGCAUGCAGAAGCGGGCCGUUUCCGGUUCCUAGGCUGGUGUGUCCCCCCAUCCGAGGCCACCAGCCGUAUGGGGAAAGCAGCGGCAGACACAGAUGGCAUGGACACUUCUACAAGGUCUGCCGCUCUGCCCUGCCUCCUCUGCCGGAGCCCGUUCGCCACCGUCUCUCUCUUCCAUCUCGCUCCGCCGCCCAGCAGCACUGCAGCACAGCACAGGCUGACGGCAUGAGGCUUGAUCCAGUGCAUUUCUCCAUGCUGGUCAUCGGGGUCUCCUUUGCCUGUUACGCCCCGAGUCUCAACUCCCUCCAGGACCAGGCGUACAGAUCAGCCGUGGUCAUCGAGGGCGAGGUGCGCUCCUCCCCGGAGAACGUCUCCUCCAGGGAGCCCUACAGUGUGAAUGUCAAAGUGCUGGACGUGUGGCCCGUCAACAGCGGCGGCCUAGAGAGGGAGCAGCUCGUGACUGUGGGGGACUUCGGUUCCGAGGCCCCCUGUACCACGGUGGAGAAGGACCACAGAUAUAUCUUUUUCAUGGACCCGACCGCCGAGCCCUUGGUGUUCAAAGCAUCGUACGCUCCUGUGGACGCCAGCGAGCCGGAGCUGAAGAAGGAUGUGGACAGAGUGCUGUGCGAGGACUGCGCCUCUGCUCCUAAGCUGCGGCCGAUGCGGGACCAGUCUCUGAUGGAAGGGGACAAGCUGUACUUGAAAUGUGAGGCGUCAGGGAAUCCCAGCCCUUCCUUCCGCUGGUACAAAGAUGGACAUGAGCUUCAAAAAGGCAGAGACCUCAAAAUAAAGACCAACAAAAAAAACACAAAGGUGCAGAUCAGUCGUGUUCGUGUGGAAGACUCUGGCAACUACACCUGUGUGGCUGAAAACUCACUAGGGCAAGAAAACACCACGAGUAUAAUCAGCGUGCAGAUCUUGACCACCACCACCCCGUCUCCAGGUGUGAGUCAUGCGAGGCGCUGCAACGACUCGGAGAAGGCCUACUGCGUCAACGGAGGAGACUGUUACUUUAUACAUGGUAUUAACCAGCUGUCUUGCAAGUGUCCUAAUGACUAUACGGGGGACCGCUGUCAAAACUCCGUAAUGGCCGGUUUCUACAAGCUUCUCAGAAUUGAAUUUACGGAGGCUGAGGAGCUCUACCAAAGGCGAGUGCUGACGAUCACAGGCAUCUGUGUGGCGUUGCUGGUGGUUGGCAUCAUUUGUGUGGUGGCCUACUGCAAAACAAAGAAGCAGAGGAAGAAGAUGCAGAGCCACCUACAUCAGAACCAGAAUCAGUGCUUGGAGCAGCCCAACCGCAUGCUGGCCAAUGGGCCCAACCACCCCGGGCCAGGUCCUGAGGAGAUCCCCAUGGUUGAUUACAUCUCCAAAAGCGUCCCUACGACUGAGUGUGUGAUCAGCCACGGAGCUGAGGGUGCAGGCAACUAUGCUGGUAGCCGAAUGUCAACCCGCUCGCACCACUCCACCACUGCCUCACAUGCUUCCAGACACGAGGAGCAGACGUGGAGCAUGGAGCGAACGGAGAGUAUGAACUCAGACUGCCAGUCAGGUGGCCUGUCCAGCUCUGUGGGAACCAGUAAGUGCAGCAGCCCGGCUUGCAUGGCGAGGAGGGCCGCCCACUGGGGCUGUACAGACAUGUCCAGACCAGCGCUGCAUUAUGGGGACUCCUAUGACUCUCUAAGAGACUCACCUCACAGUGACAGGUACGUGUCGGCACUGACCACACCAGCGCGUCUGUCUCCGGUAGAGUUCCACUAUCCUCCUCUGCCACCCCAGGUGCCCACCUUCCAAAUCACCUUGCCCAACACAAGUCAUGCCCUCUCCCUUCCUCCGGCUGCUGCUGCCUACCACAGCGAUGAUGACCAGCCACUGCUACGAUGCCCUGAUGACAGAAGUUUGUACAGGCAGCCCCGACGUCCCCGGCGACCCUAUCUGAUGGAGAGCACAGGAAGUCUACCGUCCAGCCCCUACCAUCUCCCUGAUGAUGAGGCCUACGAGACCACGCAGGAGUACGCCUCAUCACGGGAACCCAUCCGUAGCCGGCGUCGCUCACGACGCAACCGCCUCAACGGACACAUCUCCCAGCGGUGCCUACGGGACUACAGCUCACAGAGCUUCAGCCAGUCAGAGGAGGAAGAGGAGGAGGAAGAGGAUGCUCAUGGGGAGAGCACACCUUUCCUUAGUAUGCAGAACAUGAAUGUGGACCCGCCCUUAACCAUCCCGGGUUUCCGUUUGUCAUCUGGUACAGACACACGGACUCACCGCGGGCUGAGUCGGCCGGGAACGCGCAGCAAUGGGCAGAGCCGUGGCUCCCAGUCACAGCGCUCCAAGGCUGACAAUAUGCCCCUUUAAGACUUAACCCACCCCCAACACCCACCUAUACACCCCUGCCACACCCACCCCCACCCACAGUGCUUCACACAACCUGUGGACUAGAGACCUGCACCUAGGAGAAAUACUUUUAUUUUGUAUAACAGACAGAUAUUCUAAACAAAUGAAAUAUUUAUUUUCAUUUCAGCAAAAAUUGUCUACUAGCUAACAGCAAAGACUUUUUUUUAUAACGGGGGGAAAUAUUUAUAUGUAAAGUUUUUUGGUUUACAGCAUUAUGAGAAAUGAAAAAAUACGAGAAUUAUGUGCCAAUUUUUUCACGAGUUAGAUAAAUAGAAUAAUAUUGUGGUGCCUUUUGCUGUAUGCUGAAGUUGGAGGUCCCAUUGAGUUUUUGUAGCCUUUCUUAUAAAGACUCCUCAUUUUUAUAGAGACCAACCCUCUUCCUUCCUUUUGCUUUGUUUUUUUCUCUCUCUGAUUUGGGAUCUUCCUCUUUGAACUGUGAUCUGAUUAUGUCAUCAUGCAAUAUUGAUUCCUCCUGUGUAAAAGGUGUCUGUUUACAUGAGUAUGAUCCAUGUGAUUCGCUUGUUUCACAGGGACAUUUAGCCACUGAGACAACCAGAUGUGUAGGGUAGUUUUCUCUGAUGAUGUUUGGGUGAAUCUUUCCAGAUGAACACAUGUCGGUCAUUUAUGUCCUUGUUCGCAACCUGUCAGUCAUGUGUUGUUAUUUCUGUGAAAACAAGAGUGUUAGGGAGUUGUUUGGGGAAAAGUGACUCCAGAUUCCUGUGUAGUUGUUCAGGGUGCUGCCAUGGCAUUGAUGGUGGUUGCAGUGUGUGUGUAGGUGUGUGUGUGUGCAUGCCUGUGUGUACCUCAUGAAGCCUCAUUUGGUUGGCACCUUCAUUCACCUUGGAGGUUGUGGUUUCUUGUUUGACUGACAUGCUCCUCACACCAAUUCUCACGCUGCCAGAAGCUCCAUUGCACUGUAAGAACCCCUCCCCCCUCUGUAAGCAGUCAUUGGCCAGGGAGCUGCCAAUCCAAACCGAACCUAACAAUCCAGUUGUAAUCCAGCCUGACUCUGGCCUCCUGUGGACUGCCCAGCCCGCCCGUUUCCUAUGCCAGCAGCUUAGAGCCGCACUGUGUCUCAGGACUUCCUCAUCACAUCACAGCCAAAAGACUCAAAGAAGAGAGAGCAUGUCAUCUCAGUCACAGUUCAGUCCGCAGGCCAGAUCCACACCCCCUCACUCUCCUUCCAUCAGGCGUUGUGUUGCCUCAUGGACAUGGCGAAGGGAGUGUGGGUAAAUGCUCGUGGAAUCAGAGGGGAGAUUCAGUUGUUUUUAUUUCCUUCUUAUUUCAGACGGUGGGCAUGUGUGUAGCUGUGCGUGGGUCACAAUGAUGAUGAAAAACCAAUGUUGUGUGGAGACCACAUCUGUUUGCCCUGACGCAGGGGUGCAGCUAGGAAUUCUGAGCCCCCUGAGAGGAGGAUAUCACUCUGGGUCCCCUCCUUAUCUUUUGUUAACUGGAAUGAGGCCACUCCAGCUGUGGGCCUCUAGAAUCGCCACCACUUUUCACACCAUUAGCAAUCGUGCUGCUCUGAUGGGGAAAAUAGCCUGUGUGUCACUGCGUGCAGGUUCACACUGCUAGAGAGCAAGUAUCUGAGUUUGAUUCUACUCUUUUUUUUUUUUUUUUUUUAGCUCACAGCCAAACUGUGAUAUAUGAUAAUUCUGAUUAUUGCAUCCUUGUUUUGCAUUUCUAUAUCUUUAUUGAUUGAACUUCUUUUGCCUGGUCAUAUUAACUGAACGAUCUAUGUCUACCUGUUUGCCUCCUCCACCUCACAUCACCCCUCACCUUCAUGUUUUUCUCACCCCUUUACUGACCUUCAGAAACAACUAGUGGAUGAAUUUAGGCCCCAUCUCUGGACAAGUGUGCAUUUCAGCAUACUAAUAGUAGGCUGAUCAUGUGGGUUUUAGAGACCCUUUCAAGCUCACUGAGGGAAAUUAUACUCUGUCCCUAAUAGAGUUAUGAUCUGUAGAGUUUAUUUAUUUAUGUUUUGUUUUCUUGUUUCACACAGGAGAUGCAUGGUUCACUGAUAAGGAAAUUAUUUUAAAAAUGACAAAGAGCCCCACAGAUUGGGGGGAAUCGUAAUAGAAAUAUAUUAAAACAUUAUUUGGGUCCAUGGCCCAAAGGUCUGGCUAGUUUUGUCUUACUAUCACUGUAAUCAAUCUGGGAUUUACAAUGUGGAAAUACUGCAAGCGAGGGUAGUGUGCUUGUAGAGCUAGUUGAAUUGUUAACAGACCCCCACCCUCUUUCUCCUCACCCUGCACUCUCCUUUUCCCAAUUACAUACACAAACACAUUUCACACAUACAUACCGACAUCGUACAUAAUGAAGCACACACUGAGACAUGCACGCACAAACACAUGUUUGUGUUUGUCAAGCAGUUUGCCUUUUACCUACCCACCCUCUUGCCCCCUCCUCCAUCCUCUUAUCUCACCCCUAACCCCCCCUGCAUGUCCUAGUGGUACUGGUAGUUGGGUGCAUGGAAAAAGCAGCAAGCAAAUCGUUUUUCCAUUCGGUGAAAAAAUAAAAAAUGUGUCUUCAUUUUAACAUUCAGCAAUAAAUCCCCUUCUCUUCAUGUCCAUCAUUCUUGGAAUAUGCUAGAUGAUUUUUUGCAAGUUUUAUCAAAAACAUACUACUUGUAAAAGAAGAGAAAUCCAAAACCACCCCUUCAUAUGGAAAAUAAAACUUUAUUCCUACCA